AUUACAAAGAACACCACGUAUAAUUUGGUCGUUUCGUCCCCACCGGACUCCAAAACCAAAACCAAAACCAAAAGUACCGUCCCUUCACACCUUUUCCGAACACACGCUCAUCACUAUCAGCACAGUGUACACUCUCCCAUGGCCGUCUCUUCGCUUCGUUUCCCGCUCUGUCCAUUCCUCAUUAAAAACCCAAACCCAACCCCAAGCUUCAGACUUUUCGGAAUCCCAACAUCACCCUUCAGACCAUACUGCUCUUCUUCUUCUUCGUCUUCCUAUUCCGCGUCUCCAUCCUCCGCCCACACAUGGGAAUCUAUCCACAAAAAGAAGGUCGUCUUGCGGGUUGGGUAUGUCGGGACCGAUUACAGAGGUCUGCAAAUGCAGCGAGAUGAACACUCAUUAUCCACUAUUGAAGAAGAAUUGGAGACGGCCAUUUUUAAGGCCGGUGGGAUUCGUGAUAGUAAUUUUGGGAAUCUCCACAAAAUUGCAUGGGCGAGAAGUAGCCGUACUGAUAAAGGAGUUCACUCGUUGGCAACGACAAUAUCCUUGAAAAUGGAAAUUCCUGAAAAUGCAUGGAAAGAAGACCCUUGUGGCAUGGCUCUUGCAAAUCACAUAAACUAUUAUCUUCCCAAAAAUAUUAAAGUCUUUAGCAUUUUACCCUCACAGAGGAGAUUUGAUCCUAGGAGGGAAUGUAAUCUCCGGAAGUAUUCUUAUCUUCUUCCUGCUGAAAUCAUUGGAAUUAAAAGUUACUUUAGCACAACUGAAGUUGAUCAUCAUCUGUUGGACUUCAACAAUAUAUUGAAUGCUUUUGAGGGAGAACAUCCCUUCCACAAUUAUACAGUACGGUCCAAGUACAGAAAACGGUUUCCUGCUAAACAAUCACAUGGAAAUGGCAGCGUUCCCAGAAGAGCAAAAGCAUCUGGUGAGGCAGCCUCUGAGAUCGAGGGAAGUGAUGGAGAGGAAGAUUUUCGGAGUGAUGGAGCAAUUGCAUUAGAUGUUGAGAGGAUGAGCAAAAACUCUUUAGAUUCCAGUGUUUCCCAUGAACUUCUAGCUGACACUUGCAAUAAGUACGAAAAUGGUCUGAAGUCCCGCACCACCAAUUUAGUUGUCCAUGCAAGAUGGCUACAUGAACCUGAUGAGAUGGACAGGAUAGGUGCUUCUCACUUUAGAAAGAUCUUUCACUGUUCUUGUGGAACACUGGAGAAAUCACUUGGAUUUCCUUAUGUCGAGCUUUCUAUAUGGGGAGAAUCAUUCAUGUUACAUCAAAUCCGCAAAAUGGUUGGGACUGCUGUGGCUGUAAAGCGGAACUUACUUCCUAGAGAUAUUCUAACUUUGUCGCUUUCCAAGUUCUCACGGAUCAUUCUACCCCUUGCCCCAUCCGAAGUGUUGAUUUUGAGAGGAAAUAGUUUUUCUCUGAGAAAAAGACCGGGAGAUGCAAUGAGACCUGAAAUGCUAGCGAUAGUUGAAUCAGAAGAAAUUUUGAAGGCGGUUGAUGAUUUCUACACCUCUAUAAUGUUGCCUGAAGUUUCCAACUUACUGGAUCCUUUGGGUUCUCCUUGGAAAGAAUGGGUUGAAAAAUUGGAUGAGCAUACAAGCAUCCCUGAUGCAGAAUUGGAUGAAGUCAGGGAAGCUUGGAAAUUGUGGAAGGAAAAGCUUCGGAGUAAUGCCACAGUUGCAUCAGUCAUAAACCAAUGAGACUAAG